AUGAUGGUCUCUCUCUCUCCGUUCCUCGGUGCACUCCUCGCCGUGCUGGUAGCACAGGGCUCCUCAAAGCCCGAUUCCGACUUUCGCUGGGGCUAUAGCAAAGGUCAGAUUCAAGCGGCUAUGUCUACAAUGCGAUCGCACUACGGCAGCAACUAUCAGAGUCAAAUCUCGACACUCUGCCAGUCUCUUCUCCAGUUUAAUGGAACGCAAGGUUCUACGGGAGCGAACCCAGGCUCAGACCAGUCGGACGAAUCAUCCAAAGGCAAUGACGAUCUUGCCGACUUGCUGGAUACCCAAUCUGCAGAGGGUGAUGGACUGGAAAGACGUGCGAGAAAGCAGGCUGCUACACGUCAUGCAAAUGCGCGAAACAAAGGCAAACCUCACCUGAAAGGCUCCAAAGCCGCCAAGACGAAAGGUGCCACGGCCGCUCACGACGCGGCACUGGCUACGGCCAAGACCAGUAAGGCCAAGAAUUCGGGCGGGGUCGCCGCCAAGGCUGGCACAUUCGUCGCUUUGGAUGCCGGAAGUGCUACGACCACACCGGGCACCACAUCUGGAUCGAACAACAGCACCUCUCUCGGCGCUGAUGGUGAUGCCCCGGGCAACGGUACUCCUGGCCCAGACACCAACACUCCUGCUUCGACCACAAUGCCUGAUUCUGGAACCACGACUCCUGGCACGGGCGAUACCACGCCUGCCUCGGACACUCCGGGCACUACCACUCCAGGCCCGGGUGAUCCGGGGGCCAACCCAGGCACCGGAACGCCCGGAUCAGUCUCUGGGGCCGAGGUCACGCCGCCGCCGUUUGUCCUGCCACCCUUCCUGCGUCACAUGGAUCAAGACAUAAUUCAGCAAGUGUGCAGGAUCAUGGUCGACUCAUCCCAGCCUGGAAGCUGGACGCCAAAGACUGGCGACGACGACGAAGACGACGGCGACAAGCCGGGACGACCAUGGGACCGAUGGCACGGGCUCAAGCCUGGACCCGGUCCCGAUGGCAACGCAACCACCAAUGGCACCGGGUGGGGGCACGAUCGAAAGCCGUGGACGAUGCCAACUGCCACUGUCACAGUCACUGUCACCCAGACAGCUACGGUCACAGUCACCGUCGACGCUGCACCGACGGUAUGA